AUGGCGAUUGCGCAGACCACGGGCCGCUGGUGGCUGCUUGUCUGGACGUUGCUGGCGUUCCAUCCCGCAUGGCCGGGAACACUGUUCGCUGGUGUGCCGGCAAAAGGCUACAGCCGGAAGGUCAGCGUUUCUAGGUCCAGCUUUGCAGAUGACAUGCGCCGCUCUGUGCGGGACUUCUUGGGCAUUUCGGAUGUUCUGCGGGAACAAGAAAAGAUGCGUAAAGAUGUCGAACUUGUCAAACAAGAACAAGAAAAGAUGCGCAACGAUGUCAAAGGCGACAUCGCCAAGUUGCGAUCCCUUUUGGGUCCAAUUCUAGAAGUACAGCUGUACAACCGAGUGGGAUCAGUUCUGGGCGAUAUCUUUCCGCAACUGCAGAAUGUGAAGAUCGAUUUCUACAAGGAUGUCGAGGUCAAUUUGGCCACCUUGCCGCUGAUGGGGUGUGAGCUUGUUCAUGGCGAGGUAAAGUUGCAAGUUGGAUGGGGGACUUUCGCAAAAGGCAUCCAGCAGGCAGCACAGAUUGCGCUGGCCUUGAGGCUUUGUGGCUGGCAGAAGCCGGCCACCGCGUUUGUUGCAUACUUGGAGCUUCAAUCCGCUGUAGCCGCUGCCAUCCCCUCCAAUCUUCGCUCCAAGCAGCUUCCUGCCGGCCUGCUGGCCGAUCACUUGGACACAGUCAGUGGGAACCGAACGGAAGUCAAAGCCAACGCUUCGACUUUCGAAGCCACCAUCGACAAUGUCACACUGUCCACAGCCAAGAUCCGCGGGAUCCACGCUGCAGCGUUGGCUUUGCGCCUGCUGGCAAGGCACAACAUCAGCAUCUUUCUCAAAGAUGUCGGUGUGCAGGGCUGA